UUGUAAAUAGCCAGGAAUGGACACUAAGCCGAUCUGUACCGGAACUAAAAGUGGGGAUCGUGGGUAACCUAGCGAGUGGCAAGUCUGCACUUGUACAUCGGUAUCUGACUGGCACGUAUGUCCAAGAGGAGUCACCUGAAGGUGGGAGGUUCAAGAAGGAGAUAGUGGUGGAUGGACAGAGCUAUCUGCUGCUGAUCAGAGAUGAAGGGGGCCCUCCAGAGGCACAGUUUGCCAUGUGGGUGGAUGCUGUUAUAUUUGUCUUCAGCUUGGAAGAUGAAAUUAGCUUCCAGACUGUUUACCACUACUACAGCCGUAUGGCGAACUAUCGUAACACUAGUGAAAUCCCAAUGGUACUAGUGGGAACUCAGGAUGCUAUAAGUUCCAGUAAUCCACGUGUCAUAGACGAUGCCAGAGCGCGGAAGUUAUCGAAUGAUCUCAAGAGAUGCACUUACUAUGAAACCUGUGCUACUUACGGACUCAAUGUGGAGAGAGUCUUCCAAGAUGUUGCUCAGAAGAUCGUUGCAACAAGGAAGAAGCAGCAGCUCUCAAUUGGACCCUGCAAAUCUCUGCCAAACUCUCCAAGCCACUCGUCCGUGUGUUCUGCCCCGGUUUCUGCUGUACAUAUCAGCCAGACCAGUAAUGGAGGAGGGAGUUUAAGUGAUUAUUCCUCCUCUGUCCCAUCAACUCCAAGCACCAGCCAGAAGGAGCUACGGAUUGAUGUUCCUCCCACUGCCAACACACCAACUCCUGUCCGUAAACAGUCCAAGCGCCGAUCCAACCUCUUCACGUCUCGGAAAGGGAGUGACCCAGACAAAGAGAAGAAGGUCCUGGAGAGCAGAACAGAUAGCAUUGGAAGCGGUCGCGCAAUCCCAAUUAAACAGGGUAUGCUGCUAAAGCGAAGUGGCAAGUCCUUGAAUAAAGAGUGGAAGAAGAAAUACGUCACGUUAUGCGACAACGGUGUGCUGACCUACCAUCCUAGUUUACAUGACUAUAUGCAGAACGUUCACGGGAAAGAAAUCGACUUGCUGAGAACCACUGUGAAAGUCCCCGGGAAGCGGCCACCCCGAGCGACGUCAGCUUGCGCACCCAUUGCCAGUCCCAAAACAAACGGCCUCUCCAAGGACAUGAGCAGUUUACACAUCUCGCCGAAUUCAGAUACUGGAUUGGGAGAUUCCGUGUGUUCAAGCCCAAGUAUAUCCAGUACGACGAGCCCCAAGCUCGAUCCACCUCCUUCACCUCACGCCAACAGAAAGAAACACCGCAGGAAGAAAAGCACGAGCAAUUUCAAAGCUGAUGGCAUCUCGGGCACAGCUGAAGAAGAAAACUUUGAGUUUAUCAUUGUCUCUCUCACCGGCCAGACAUGGCACUUUGAAGCUACCACGUACGAAGAAAGAGAUGCAUGGGUACAAGCCAUAGAGAGUCAGAUCUUGGCCAGUUUACAGUCAUGUGAGAGCAGCAAGAACAAGUCCCGUCUGACGAGUCAGAACGAGGCCAUGGCUCUUCAGUCCAUAAGGAACAUCAGAGGCAACUCCCACUGCGUGGACUGCGAAGCACAGAACCCCGACUGGGCCAGCUUGAAUCUGGGAGCCCUCAUAUGUAUCGAAUGCUCAGGUAUACACCGAAACCUUGGCACGCACCUCUCCCGGGUCCGCUCUCUCGACCUGGAUGACUGGCCUAUAGAGCUCAUCAAGGUGAUGUCUUCUAUCGGAAACGAGCUGGCAAACAGCGUCUGGGAGGAGAGCAGCCAGGGCCAUAUGAAACCUUCGUCAGACUCCACAAGGGAAGAAAAAGAGCGCUGGAUACGUGCGAAAUACGAGCAGAAGCUCUUCCUUGCCCCGCUGCAGUGCCUGGAGCUUUCUCUGGGCCAGCAUCUCCUGAGGGCUACAGCUGAGGAGGACUUGCGGACGGUCAUCCUGCUCCUUGCCCACGGGACUAGGGAAGAGGUGAACGAGACCUGUGGAGAUGGCGAUGGGCGCACUGCCCUCCAUUUGGCAUGCAGGAAAGGAAACGUGGUGUUGGUGCAGCUCUUGAUUUGGUAUGGCGUUGACGUGAUGGCACGCGAUGCCCAUGGGAACACGGCGUUGGCCUACGCCCGGCAGGCUUCCAGCCAGGAGUGCAUUGACGUUCUCCUCCAGUACGGCUGCCCCGACGAGCGCUUCGUCCUCAUGGCCACUCCAAACUUGUCCAGGAAGAACAAUAACCGGAACAACAGCAGCGGAAGGAUGCCCACCAUCAUCUGAGGAGCUCACUCGUGUAUUCGCUGACCUGAAUUACAUCCGCAGCCUCAUAUUCCUCCAUCCCCAUCACAGCUCUGCUCUGUGAGUCUGGUAACUCUCCUUUUCCCUUUUCCCUUCGGUACAUCCCCGUCCCAUCCAGAAACGGUGCGUCUGGAGAGCGCAAGGGGAUGAGAAGGAGCAAAAGGGGCUGCAGAGAAAGCGGUUGUUUCAGUGACAGCUCUUGAACGAUGGAAGCAAGCGGGCAAGAGCGCAUGGGUUGAGCAGGACACGCCGCGCGUGGCACUGGGACCAUGGGAGAGCGGUCAUCCCUGGGGGGGGGACGCAGGCUCCCCGAGUGUGGAGGGAAGGGGCGGAGGGAGAGGCGAGCGAGAGGAGAAGGAAGGAGAGAUGGUGACUUUCCGUAACUGACAGUUAAGCACAUCAGUACAUUUCACCUCUACCAAACGCGACGCCUGGAUUUCAUUCUCUUCUCUGAAGAGCUUGACGGCAUAAAUCAGAAGCAAGCACAGAGUUUGUCAGGUUUGAAGCUCCUAUGAUGGUAUGUGUCAAAUCAGUUGUAGCUAAUCUGUCCGGGGAGAAUACUGGCUUCAUUACACUUGUAUAGUUGAGUUCUUCCAGCAUUACCGCUGUUUAAUAGAACAUGAUUAGUCAUCACGGAGAAAAAAGCAUAUUAGCUGAGGAGGUAGUUACAUGGCACGCUUCGGUGAUUGCUUGGAUGUGAUUGCAAUAUUCUUAGAAGCAUCAUAUUAUCUCAGACAUGUUCUUUCAAGCCCUUGGAGCCCUCCUUUCUAAAUUCACUGUCAUAAUUUAGUAUCUGUUUAAUUUUUCAGUCCAAAGAGAGGAAAUGAGUUGCUGAGUGUUAUUUGACUGCAGUCUCCUUGGUGUAAAAACAAAAUGGAAAAAAUAAAUAAGAGUAACUAUGAAACACAAAAAGGAAUAAUGAAUACCGCUAAGGAAAAACAUUUCGAGUACAUUUAGUGAAAUUAAUAAACGCAUUAAUGGCUAAUAUUUUUUCAGCCAGCAGAAAUAGGUUUUGUCAUUUUGCCAAGGUAAAUGUGUUGAGUUUUUGGUCAUUCCUGUGAUGCAUUGCCUAACUUAUACAGAUUUUUGUAUUGUGUCUCUAGAUUAUAUGUAUGUAAAAUCUAUUUGAAUAAAAAAAACAUAAAUAUGCAUCUAUUUUUUUUUUUUUUUUUGUACAGAAAAUGACAACUCUGUUAAUUUAUAAGCUGUCAUGGAUGUGAACUAAAUAAUGUGCAACUAGUUAGGAUUUAUGGGUUACAGAUCAUUGUACAUUGAAAAUAUUCCCAGCAGUGAACUCUUGUUUCCAUUGCAAGCCUU